UGCUUCGUUCAUAUUCAGUCGAACAAUUAGUGCCAAUUUUUAAUUCAACCAGUUGACACCGCGAACUAAAAACAAAUCCAAAUCAAAAAUGGUUCUUAAGGUCGUUUGCCUCAUUUUGGCCGUUAUAGCCACCGCCAAUGCCGUAGUGUUCUCAAAAUGCGAUCAAGAUCCAGAAGCCGUUAAGGUUGUCAUCGACAAUUGCAAUGACAAUUACUGCGAAGUGAAACGUAGCCAGCCAGCCAAAAUGGAAGUCACUUUCAAAACGGCCAAACAGGCAACCGAGUUGACCGGUACCAUUCACGCACUAAUCAAUGGCGUAUGGAUUCCAUGGCCAAUGGGUGCCGCUGGCAAAGUGUGCAGAAAUUUGUCCAAAGGUCAAUGCCCAGUUGCAGAAAAUACUGAAGCCACAUACGCUGUUAGCAUUAAAGUCCCAUUCGUUGCACCAGUCGGAACCAAGACCGUUGUCCAAAUUCGCAUAAGCGAUCAAGACAAAACUGUCGUUGCCUGCACCCGUAUCCCUGUUCUUGUCGCCGCUUAAGUCUCUCUAUUGAAAAUGGAAAAUGAAAUAAAUAAAAACGAAAAUUUUAAAAUCAA